AUGCCGGUAUAGAGUUCCUCGUUGCUUUCUCCCUGUCCCUUUCUCCAGAGCCAUCGAGAAUGGAGCUUCUUGCAGGGAAAUGACGUCCUGCUUCAAGGUUUUCCUCCCGCCUCGGCUUUCCGCGUACCAGAGCCGAGGCGUUCCUCUCUUAGAGUCCUUGAGCUCACUUCACGGUGCUUUGAAGUCGAAAAAAACGACUCGAAUCUCGCCGAACCCGAAGGAAUCUUUGCCAAACCGCAAGGAAAAUUCACCACGCGUAGAAGGCCUUCUUUUUUCCGCCAUGCUUCCUCGGAGGUCAGCGCGUCUGUCCGCCUUGCAACAAUGUAACCAGCUACCUGGUAACCAGCAGCAGCGCUUCGAGCUCUCCACAGUGAAUGCGACCUCUUCCCUUCAGGCUUGUUCGGAGGCAGUCGCGCUGCGACAAUGCGGCGCCAAAGCCAAGGCCUCAGAUCGCAGGGUCGACGGUCAGGCAUCCACGGUUGACGAGGCUGCCACGCCAGCAGUUGGGGCUCCUGCGGCUCCUGCAUCUCCUGCAGCCCCUGCUGGCGGCUUAAAGCGGAAGCGAGCAGCGUCCAAGGCGAAAGGGCCGGACAGACGCAUGGAGCAAUCCGUGUGGUCACGGGGCUUUAAGCAUGUGUACGGGGUGGAUGAGGCGGGGCGGGGGCCACUAGCUGGGCCUGUAGUGGCAGCUGCAUGCGCUGUACCUGCAGGGCUGGUGAUUCCAGGUCUAGAUGACAGCAAGAAACUCUCGGAAGAGCAAAGGGAAGAGAUUUUUGACGCCAUUGUCUCAAACCCAGACAUUUUCUACGCUGUGGACAUUGUUGGCCCAGCGGAAAUUGAUAGAGUGAACAUACUUCAGGCAACGAUGCUGGCAAUGGGCAACACUAUAACGAAGGUUGGGGAGGACCCCAGGUGUCCCUCGCCUGACUAUGUGCUUGUGGACGGCAACAGGGUGCCUGAGGGGCUGCCUUGUGCUGCUGAAGCCAUUGUGAAGGGUGAUGCGACAUGCUACGCCAUUGCGGCUGCCUCCAUUCUCGCCAAGGUCACAAGGGACCGACUCAUGCUCAAAUUCGACAGGCUCUACCCGGCUUAUGGCUUCAAGCAGCACAAGGGCUACGGCACAGCAGCCCACAUGAAAGCACUCUUGGCGCACGGUGCCUGCCCUAUCCACCGGAGAUCCUUUGCCCCCAUUAAGGACUGGGCUGUCCUUGACAAAAGCGACUAGAUUAUGGCCUUGAGUGUAGUGGAGUGUCACUUCACAAUGCGACUCACUUUUGUUAUGAAAGCUUACACAUGUUUCAUAAAAUAAUCUGCAUAUCAUCAUAGUCCUCAG